AUGGCAUCCAAUUUAAUGGCUUUUUAUUAUGUCAUUGAUGUCGAAGACUGGACUUGUAUUAUGCUGGUGGAGUAUUAUCGCUCACAAAUAAAGCAAGGAGAAUGGAAGAAUGUACUGGAUUCAAUUAAAAAAGAUCUCAUAAAGGUGGCAAGUCCCGUUUCUGAGUUCGACAUAAUACGUAGAAAAGCGCAAGGAAUCUUGGAUAGAUGGAAGGAUUGGACUGCAUCGUACAACGAUUUCAUAAAAAAUUUGAGUUGCGCUCGCACGAAUAUUGAUAAUUUACAGGUAAAGACUAUAAAUCAACUCAACAACCUGACUGGAGACUCAUCUUAUUCAACACAAAACAUCGACAAUCGUCGUACAACCUUGAAAAAACGCCCUCGAGAUGAAGAAACGGAAAGAGCUUCAACUCAAUUAAAAAAGACACUUUCUAGUGGAAGUUCAAUGGAAGGACCAGAUAUUCGGAACUUUUUCUCGCGGACUCGUUCGAUCUCGGACCUUAAAGAUCGGAUCUAUUCUCAACCACAAGAUCUCGACGAACAACUUGAGGUUGAUCUUGAAAAAUUUCAGCCUAUUACUAAAAAUGAAAAAUUCAACCAGAUCAAAACAAAAGCUGAUAGCCAAAAACCUGCUAACAAAGCACCAACAUAUACUAAUACUGUUAAGG